CCCAGCACCCUCUCAUCUCAUCAGAUCUCGCGGUUCCUCGUCAUGCCCUUGUCUCCCUCAGAGUCCCAUGUCGUAUUGUCUACUGUUUGCGUGCCUGGUGUCGAUGUCACCGAAGAUCAGCUCAAGACCUGUGCUGCUCUCUUUAGCCAGAACUACAGCGUAUGGGCACCCAGCGUCGACCCACCGUUGAAAGCAGGGGGCCGUGUCAGGAUGAACGCAACAAAAUUACGGGCUCAAUGUCUGAGCAAUCCUGAGGACUCUGUGCUAGUCCUGAGGUACAAGGAAGAGCAACUCGUGGGACAUGCGUUCGCCACGAAGUGGGCAUGCGGAACGGAUAUAGUGGGGUGGAUCACGCAGCUCGUCGUCGUUGUCAACGAGCGAAGGAAAUACAUCGCGACGAGCCUCCUCCAGGCCCUCAAGGACACCGACUGGUUUGCUGGUAUCGCCAUGAUGGGCGUGGUUUCCUCCCAACCCGCAACCUGCCAUGCGCUCUGCAAGAUGUUCUCAGGUCUUCCUAUUUCUGACAUCAACUUGGACUUCAUCCGGCAGGUUGCCACCAAGGCCCUAAAGUCCUCGACCGUCCAGUACUUGCGUAACGCGCAGCUGCACGGCUCAUUGUUUGAGGAUGCUACCGAUGGGUCUAUCUCUCUGGCGAACACGGAGUACUUCAUUGACCACGACGAGCCCAAUGCCGUUCUCAGGCACUACAUUGAGAAGAAACAAUGGCCCCUCGGCAUAUUGAAAGAGGGGCACGAGUUUGCUGUGGUUAUUCCUACCGCCCCGUUGCCGGCCUAG